AUGCUGCAGGAAAAACGAAUCAUUUUAUACAAAUUAAAAUUAGGAACAAUUGAAACCCUAAUUCCAACGAUAGGAUUAAAUUUAGAAACAAUAUAAAGUAAAAAUUUUGACAUAAUUUAUUGGGAUAUUAGAGGAGCAGAUAAAUAAAGAAUUCUUUGUAAAUCUUACUUGAAGAAUAGUAAAGGAAUAAUUUAUACUUUUGAUUGUUCUGAAAAAGAAAGGAAGGCAAGAGCAAUAUUUGAAUUACAUCAAAUGUUGCUUGAUCCUUUACUUAUUGUAUAACCCCUUUUGAUAUAUGCAAAUAAAUAAGACCUAGUAAAAAUGAACUCAGAAGAAUAGGCUGCUGAAUUGAGGAUAGAAAAAAUUUCUAAAAAUUGA